AUGCCUUUGAACUCAGCGUGGUGCGAGGAGACAGACACAAGAACCGACAGCAAAAGCGGCAACAGCAACAGCACGAUGUUGCCCUCAUACCAACGCAUAUCGACAAUGCCCGUGUACUAUUCCGGCCUGCCCGCUCCACCUAAAGCGACAGGGCGCGGCAACACGAGGAGCAGCGGCGCGCACACGGCAACAGCGGAGAUCCAGGCACCCAAGGACAAGACGGCGCUCGAGAUCGCGGCCGGUGACGCGCUCUUUGGAGGCGGCGCUGACGAGCACUGGGCCCUGGGGCUGAGCUCGACCAGCAGCGGGAGCGGCGCCCCGUGGGGCGUGGCGGACCCGAGCUCCUGGCACGGCAACAGCUCCGCGUCGGCAACACAGGCAACUGCAAGUGCAACAGCAACAGGAGGGGGAGACUUUUUCACUCGAGGAGGAGGUGGAGGCAACCACAACCCGCUCAAAAGUGGCAAAGGCAACACUGUGCGUAAAGCGAGAGGGGGCGGCGGCGACGCGCUAGCGCUAUUGGCAAGUGCAGACGCCUCUUCAAUGGGCAACUACGACCGCGACGCGCACCUGCGGAUGCAAAUGCCACACCGCCCGCCGACCACAGCAACAGCGACAGGGAUGGGGGCGCACCAGUUGCCGACCCACAGAGUGAAGCCCUCUAACUCGAGCGGCAACAACCUCAAUACUGGACCCUAUUUCCACCACCUUCUGGAGCGGACCAACAGCAGCGGCAACAGCUCGACGAACUCGUUGCUGUUUAACCCAUGCAGCAGUUACGCAGAGCCAACAAGCAACACGACCGGCAAAAGACCACGCUCAAGCAACAGCGGCAACAACGGCAACAACGGCAACAGUGGCAACUUUUUAAGCUCCUUUGGAGGGUAUCCAUCUCCUCCUCCCUUCGAUGCGGACCACCCGCUGCCAGAUUUUAUCACUAACUGGGGGUUCCCCAGUCGCACCGGAGCUAAAGGCAACACUAUCUCCACGUCAGGCGCCCCAGUGGUGUGCAGUUCCAGUGCAACAACCACUACGAGUUCCCACAGCAGCAUCAACGUCACCACCAGCUCGAGUUUAUCCGGGAUUGGGUCCCCCAACGCGUCUUCGAUGUUUGCCGGUGUGGAUUCUUUUCUGCCAGAUUACGAUUCGUCUCUCUACUCGCUUUGGAACGCCCCGGGGGCCUACGACACAGAGAACGACGCAACUCAGGGACAACAGCAACAGGUUCAGCCGCCGCUUUACAUGACGCCGGAGGACGAAUUGAAGAUGGAUUAUCCGCAGCUUCCCGAGUUUAAUCAGGAUCUCGACUCGUACCUAAAUGAUGCCAUGGACUCAGGUGGACACUCCCCGCCGACGUCCACAGGUAAUAAUCAUGGCGGUAUGAUGAAGAUGGACCAUCUGGUGACGACAGACAGGAGGACAGGUGCUGGAGCGAGUAGUGUGGGGGCUGUGGGUGCUGCUAGUUUGACGACGGGUACACAGUUCGAGAGACUACUGGCACCAGCUACGUCCGAAUAUCUGGAGAAGCGGGAGCGUGGAGUGGAUCAGGCUUCCGAACGUGCGGUGAAGAGAUCUCGUGGAGUUUUCGACGAUACGUAUGCUGCUGGUCCAGUUAGCAGCGGUGUGGUGACGGGAUCUAGCGCAACCGACAACGUCAGCUCCUAUAAGAGUACUGCGAUCGAGCCGAAGAGGGCGUUGAUGCCCUCGCUGGGCUCUUUCCAACCAGCAGCAUCAUUUCUGAUGCCGACGUCUGCAGCUGUAUCGAGUCAAGUGAAUACGACACCCUCGAGUGCUGUUGUGGCGUCGACGACGACGACUGUCACGCCGACGUCUGCUGCGUCCGACACAGGAAGUGCCAAGGGGUCGAAGCGCCCGCGCAGUCGACAGUGCGAGUUCCCAGGCUGCCAGAACAGGGCCCGGUCGCACCAGAAGUGCAAGAAGCAUGGCGGCGCCCACCAGUGCGUGUUCGAAGGGUGCACGAAGAACAGCCAGAGCCGCGGACUGUGCAUCGCUCACGGUGGCGGCUCUCGGUGUACGCGCGAGGGCUGCGUGCGAGCGGCUCAGUCGAAGGGCCUCUGCAAAUCACACGGUGGCGGCGAGUACUGCGCUGUGGAGGGCUGUCACAAGAAGGCGCAUCUGAAGCACUUGUGUCGAACUCAUGGCGGUGGCGUGCGCUGCAAGGUCGACGGGUGCUCGAAGUGGGCACAACGCAAAGGCUGGUGCAUGGCGCACGCCAAGGAGUUUUCGGCAACAUCAUGA